GAAUACAAGACCUCCAAGAUGGACCUGCUACAACUGCGGGUGUCAGGAGAUGGCCAUCAAGCGGCUUGGGGGGCUGAAGGAGGGGCAGCGGCCCUGGUCGGUCAAAGUCUGCAACGACUGCUUGACGACCUGGAACCGCGACGUCUCCGCCGCCAACGUGAUCCGUGUGCUCCUCCUGCUGAAGCUGAUGGGCUUCGAGCGGCCGACCAAGCUGCAGCGGCCGCCAUGGCCGCCGCCGGCGGCGGGGCCAGGCUGAGAGCCUGAACGGCGCUAGCAGGGCGUGGGGCUGAGGGUGCACGUGUUGAUUGGCGGCGAGUGACGUGACUAGUUUGUUAGCUGCGGGUUAGCACGGACUGUGCACCCCACCCAACCGGCCAUGUCCGGAUUUGCGGGGAUGCCAAAGGCCCCCAACAUAGAGGCGUGUGCUUAGUAGGUGCCCGCGUCAAGGUGGCUGGGUUCAUAACGACCCGGGA